AUGUUUGAUCCCAGGGUGCAUGUGAGAUACUUUCUGCGGUGCCUGGGAAUUUUGCCAGCAACCUACGAGGGCGAAGACUCCAACAAGCUCGCGCUGAUCUACUUUUGCGUGUGCGGGCUGGAUCUGCUUGGUGCGCUCGACCAGCUGCGCGGAAAGACUGAGACCGUCGACUGGGUGUACAGACACUGGGUUGAGGUCGACGACUAUGGCGGAUUCCGCGGGUCGGACAUAUACAGGGACACCGGGCCGUACGACGUACCGAAUCUCGCGGCGACCGGGUUUGCGUUGCAAAUUCUGGUGACGCUAGGCGACGACCUUUCUCGGGUCGACACAAACAAGGUUCGCCGGUUUGUGGAGCGGUGCCAGCGGCCCAACGGCUCGUUCAGCCCGGUGGUGGGUUUCGGCGAGGAAGACCUGCGCUACUGCAUGCUGGCCAUGACGAUCAGCCGGCUGCUGGACGGCACGGCGGUGGACAGCGGCCGCCUUUUGCAGUACGUGCGGUCGACGCUCGCUUUUGACGGCGGGCUGUCGAUGAGCGCAGGCGGCGAGUCACACGCGGGACUGACCUACUGCGGGCUGGCUGCGCUCAAAUUGGCGGGCAAACUGGAUCUGUGCGAGUGGCAGGCGACGCUGGAUUUUCUGGUGCAUCGGCAAAUCCACUACUGCGACUUCAAUAAGCGCGAGCUGGAGAACGAGUACGCGGAUGAGGACGACAACGGCGCGUUCAACGGCCGCGUCAACAAGUACGGCGACACGUGCUACGCGUUCUGGUGUCUCGCGGCGCUGGAGCUGCUGGACAAAGCCGACCUGGCGGACGGUGAGGCCGUAAAGCGUUUCUUGCUGGAGCAGACGCUGUCGCCGACAAUGGGCGGGUUUUGCAAAACGAACGCGCCGGACGAGCUGCCAGACCCGCUGCACUCGUUUCUGGGCAUCGCAGCGCUUGGGAUCAUAGGCACUCCCGGCAUUGCUCCAGUGGACGUGACCGUGGUGUUACGAAAAGAUAGAAUGGUCUAG